GGGUCAGUGCGGCGCCGGCUGGCUGCUACGUUUUGGCUGCGCGCCCGCGGCGAGGCGAGGCGAGGCGUGGACGACGCGAGGCGUGCUGCUGCUGGUGGUGGUGGUGAGAAGGUCUUCAUUAGUCCGGUGCAACGCCUCCGCUGCUCGCUGCCCAGAUGCGCCCUCUGCCUACGUGGACGUGCACGUGCCUCGCAGCCGCGUCGCUCGCGAUGCUGGCGGGCGGCGCCUCGGGCGCCAACAUCCUCGGCGUCUUCUGGUUCGUGGCGCCCAGCCACUUCACCAUGUUCGGCCGGCUGUUCCGGGAGCUGGCGGCGCGCGGCCACAACGUCACCGUGCUCAGCCACUUCCCGCUCAAGGACCCCCUCCCCAACUACACCGACAUCAACAUCGCCGGCAGUAUGCUCACCUAUGCUGACAACGUCACCAUGGAGCUGGUGCUGGACAUCCAGGGCAUGACGGGCAUGUGGAGCGACUGGCAGCAGGUGCUGGCCAUGUGCUUCGACGCCCACCAACACCCCGAGGUGCGGCGGCUGGCGCACUCCCGAGACCACUACGACCUGGUCGUCGCCGAGGUCUUCUACGCCGACUGCCUGGCCGCGCUGGCCCACAAGUUCGGCGCGCCGCUGGUCGGCAUCAUCUCCAGCAUGGCCAUGCCCUGGGCCCACGACAGGAUGGGGAACCCGGACAACCCGGCCUACAUGGACUCCAUCAACUUCGCGAGCUCUGCGCCCUUCACCUUCUGGCAGAGGCUGCAGAACACGUGCUGGUACGUCUUCAUGCGCUUCGGCAACUGGUGGAUAUCGGAGCGCGUGGUGGACCCUCUGGCCAGCGACCUGUUCGGCGAGGACUUCCCGCCGACCAGCGAGCUGGUGCGCAACACCAGCCUCGUGCUGGUCAACAGCCACUGGAGCACCGGCGGGCCCUUCCCCAGGGUGCCCGGCGUCGUCGAGGUGGGCGGCCUGCACGUCGGCCAGCCCGCGCCGCUGCCCCAGGAGCUGGGAGCAUGGCUGGACGGCAGCCCCCAGGGCGUGGUGUACUUCAGCCUGGGCACGAUGGUGCGGCCGGACACGUUCUCGCCGCACAAGCUGCGGGCCGUGCUGGACGUCUUCUCGCGGCUGCAGCAGCGCGUCCUGUGGAGAGCCGACCCCGACAGACUGCCUGAGCUGCCGCCAAACGUGUUGGCGCGCCGCUGGCUGCCGCAGAACGACGUGCUCAACCAUCCGAACGUGCGCGUGUUCAUCACGCACUCGGGGCUGAUGGGCACACAGGAGGCGGUGGCGGCAGGGGUGCCCAUGCUGUGCAUGCCCAUGUUCGCCGACCAGUUCCUCAACGCGGACCGCGUGGUCGCUGCGGGCCACGGCCUCAAGCUGCUCUACCAGGACCUCAGCCGCGAGUCGCUGAGCGACGCGUUGCACCAGCUGCUCGACGACACCAGGUACAGGGAGCGUGCUUGGCAGCUGGCGGUGCUCUUCCGGGACCGGCCGCGGCCGCCUCUGGAGGAGGCAAUCUACUGGCUGGAGUACGUGCUGAGGCACCGGGGGGCGCCGCACCUGCGGUCCGCCGCGCUGGACCUGUCCUGGCACCAGCACCUGCUGCUGGACGUCGCCGCCCUCGUGGUGGGGGCGGCGGCCGCCGCGCUCGGCCUGCUCUGCCUGCUCCUGACGAAGGCUGCCUCCCUCCUGCCGAGGGCCUCCACGGGCGCACCCAAGCAGAAGGCCAGCUGACUCACAAGCAGCGCGCUACUCCGACUCUCCACCUUCCUGUCGCAACUUAGAGCUUCACAUUUGGUGGUGCACUUAGUCACUAGGUCAUCCUAUCACAUGUAUUAUACAGACUUCACGGUAGUAUAGCGCAGAAUAGAUACAUACCUAAUGGAAUAAGUAAAUCAAACAUAAAUGUGUACAUAAUGUAGA